UCAAUCUGUUUGUCAGUUAAUGCGAUCAUUUUGCGGGUUAAAUAAACCGUUUCAAACAUUACUGCAUUUACACAAAAUUGGCUGUCAAUAUCGCUUCAGUAAUCAUUUCGAACAUUCGUUUUUGUUUGUUUUAUAGUGAACAGAAAAUUAAUUGUUGAAUUAUGAAAUUAUUUGUGUACAGUUCAGUUGAAACUUCAGAUGAUGAUGAAGAUGAAGAAGUGAGUGCGGAGGAAUCUCAAGGUGAUUCGGAUGAAGGAGAAGAAGAAGCCGAUUCUGAUGAAUCCGAUGGAGAUGAACAGGCCUCAGACAAUACUGACAAUGAGAAGGAAUCUGGGGCAGAGAACACUGCAGGGAAGUUGGCGAAUAAAAAUGUAGAUAACUCCGAAGCAUCCUCAACUACUGAGGUCGAUACUUUAUUCAAAGGUGUUAAUGGUACACAGAAAAUCAGUGGUAUAAAAGAAGAACAACCAAUGAAAGGGCCGGAAUUCAAUUUAGCCAAAUCCCCAAGUAAGACGAAACCCAUGGCGAAUGGCGUAAGUUUGCCUGCGCGUCUCAAAAAUGUCAGUACCGAGAUCAUGGUUCUUGCUGCGAUAAGAAGUCUAAACGAGCGUGGCGGUUCCUCGGCCAUUGCCAUAAAAAAAUACGUAAUGAACAAUUAUCCCCAGUUAGAUGGACCACGGACAAUGAAACUGAUCAAGGCCUACAUUAAGAAAGCAUUGGUUAGUGGAAAGUUGGUGCAGUCGAAGGGCACUGGGUUGGGUGGUUCAUUUAAGGUAUCGCCAGGUACAAAUCGCUUGGAAGAGCAGAAAGAGCGACAGAAUCGGAAAAAGUUAGUCAAAAAACCUAAAAGUGAUCAAGCUGCUGACAAAGUAAAGAAACCACUCAAAACGGCAGCAAAAAAAAUUGAAAAAGGAGAGAUAAAAUCAGCAAAAGAAAAGAAAGCAAAAGCAAAAGGUUCGAAAAGUGCGAUAAAAUUGAAAGACGGAAGUGAAUCGACAACGAAGAUGCCAAAAAUAUCCGUUGCCCUAAAAGCGAGCGAUCCACCACCUGCGAAGAAAACUACCAAAACGAAAGAAGCGAAAGAAGCACCUCUUGCUAAUGGUAAACUGGGGAAAAAAACCAAAGGGGCCGAACAAUACAAAGCUCAAAACGUAGAUUCCACUACCAAAAAAACAAACAAAAAUAAUAACCUGGUAGCUCCCAAGUCAGCGACCGCUAUAACGAAAGAGGAAAAGGGAAAAACAGCAACGACAUCAAAAAAGAAAGCAACCGCCAAAGGUAAAGCUACUGCUAUGGAAAAUGUCGAAACGGGCUCUGGAGAUGCAUAUGUCGUCAAACCCAAUAAGAAGACUGCAGCAAAGAAAGUCAAGACAAAAUAACAACUGUAGUAAAGAGCGGCGGGAUAUGUUUAUGAUUUUCACGGUUUCUCCUUGGGAUGAAUAAGUAUCUAUUAUGUAGUGUUAACAUUAUACUUUGUAUGUGAAUUUUUACUUUUUUGGUUUUACAAUAAAUGGUUUUGAUGAGAUUUUUA